AUGACGGGCGCUCCGCCAUACAACGCCCAGUCCCCGACUCAGCAGCACCGGUUCGCUGCCUACGAGUCCCCGACCAAGAACCGCCCUUUCUUUCCCAACAAUGAUCAGCCCCAGGGACAACCGCAGCAGCAACAACAGCAAUUCUCCCAACACCCUCCCCAAACACCCCCGGCUUUCGGUCCAUCCUCCGUUUCGCGGAGCCCGCGCUUUUCGCACGCGUCUUCGCCGUUGCCAUCCACCCUGCCACCGCCCUUGAAUGGGACCGCACCGCCUCCACAUUCAUCUCAUACGGAGGGUUCAUCCCAGUAUCCCGGUCCUUCGGGAAGUGCGAAUCCAGGGCUGCCGCUUCCGCGUCCCUUCUCAAGCUCUGUGAUGUCGGGUAACGGUACUUCACCUUACGGCCCUUCAACGCCGCAUGGGCAUCCUCCGAGCCGGCCAGAUAGCCAUUCGCAGUCUCCCACUCGCGAAUCGGAAUCUCCAUACCGGGUGAGAGGCAAUGGCGUCGGAUACGGUCCUUCAGCGCCAAAGGCAGCAUCGCCGCCCCGGGAAUCGAAGCCCACCCGCGCAGCCGAUCCCAUGUCCUUCGCGAGCAUCCUCUCCGGACCCACGGAAGAACAGCCUGCCAGGAAAUCGACUCCUCCGCCCGCCGCUGCCACGCCUACCCCCCAGAUCCAAACAAAGUCUGAGAGCCGUCCAACCGAGACCGGCCCAGUUCCGGGCACCUUCUACCAUAAAUCGGACAAAGCACUGAGCACGGAAAAGCCUCAGGCGCAGCCGCCAAAGGGAAUCUUUACUCCCAAUGGAGUGUCCAAGCCAGCUCCAGAGUCGGUGGGCCUUGUGGCACGCGCGCCACAAAGGAAACCCUUCCCGCCUGGUGUCGAUGCGGAGCAAGUGAACCGUGCCAUGCUCGACAUUGACAACGGCGAGAAGAGUGACGUUGAGGGACCUGACUUUGAGGAAGAUCUCCAAGUCUACAUUGAAAAGGGUAGGAAGCGAUUGAUGGAAAGCUAUCGGGCGGAGCAAAUCUCUCGCAAGCGUCGUCGCAAUUACACUCUAAACGAACUGGCUCGAUCAUUUGAGAAGCACGCUAUUCUAGGUACAGAACGGUUCCGGGUCAGUAACGAAAGUUCCGUCAUCGCCGAAGUCCAGCAGAAAGAGAUCCAAGAUGAGAAGGAGCGAAAGAAGGACAUGCAACGGAAACGUCGCCGCGAGAACACUGUGCGCUUGGAGAUGCAGAAGAAGCUGGAGGCUGAACGCAAGGCCGACAAGGCCCAGGAUUCCGCGGAGAAGGCCAAGUUCCUGCGCGAGGCUGAACGCGCUCAGAAGAAGAUUCGGUCCACUAAGCGUGCUCUCGAGGGCGGGAGUGCCCAAGACGAGCUUGGCGAGGUCACUCCGCUGGCUCCUAACCUCGAGGGUGGCACCACAAGCUCAUUCCACAUCGGUCGCGGUUCACCCUCGCGUCGCCGCUCUGGACGUGCUGGUCCCAUCACUCGACCCAAGAAGUCCAAGGAGCAGAAGCAGGCCGAAAAGGAUGCUGCCGAGAACGCCUACUUGGCUGGCCUCGAUGACGAAUCCAUCUACCUCACUCCCCGUGAUACGAAGAAAGACGGCAGAUCCAAGGAGGGUACUCCCAUCCUUCAUCUGCACUACGACAGUAAGGGUUACAAUCAGAUUUACGAGCAAAUUUGGCGUGACAUUGCCCGCAAGGACAUUCCCAAGGUCUACCGCAUCAAGACCACGUCUCUUUCUACCCGUCAAGAAAACUUGCGCAAGACAGCCCAGUUGGCGAGCAAGCAGUCGCGGAAAUGGCAAGAACGGACGAACAAGAGCACCAAGGAUACCCAGGCUCGUGCCAAGCGUACCAUGCGUGAAAUGAUGUCCUUCUGGAAGCGCAACGAGCGCGAGGAGCGUGACUUGCGCCGCUUGGCAGAGAAGCAGGAGCUGGAGUCGGCUAAGAAGGCCGAAGCUGAACGUGAAGCCAACCGACAGAAGCGCAAACUGAACUUCCUGAUCUCCCAGACUGAGCUGUACUCUCACUUUAUUGGUCGUAAGAUUAAGACUGCUGAGGCGGAAGCAACUGGUGACGGAACCGUUGCUGGCAGCAACGAGACUAUCCAGCCUGGCAAGGCGCAACACACCGUCAACCUUCCUGACAGUGUCGCCAAUGCCAAUGCCAAGGUCACCAACUUUGAGGAUCUUGACUUUGAUGCCGAAGACGAGAGUGUUUUACAGCAAGCCGCCAUGGCCAAUGCUCAGAACGCUGUGCAGCAAGCUCAGGACCGUGCCCGUGCCUUCAACCAGCAAGGUGGGGAGGAUCAGAUGGCAGCCUUUGAUGAAGGCGAAAUGAACUUCCAAAACCCAACCAGUUUGGGUGACAUUGAGAUUUCUCAGCCCACUAUGUUGACCGCCAAAUUGAAGGAGUAUCAGCUGAAGGGUUUGAACUGGCUGGUCAACCUGUACGAACAGGGUAUCAACGGUAUUCUUGCAGACGAGAUGGGUCUCGGUAAGACCAUCCAGUCGAUUUCCGUCAUGGCCUAUCUGGCCGAGUUCCACAACAUUUGGGGUCCUUUCCUCGUUAUUGCUCCCGCUUCGACGCUGCACAAUUGGCAACAAGAAAUUGCCAAGUUCGUCCCCAACAUCAAAGUCUUGCCAUACUGGGGUAAUGCCAAGGAUCGUAAGAUUCUUCGGAAGUUCUGGGAUCGCAAGCACAUCACCUAUACUCGCGACUCUGAGUUCCAUGUCCUGGUCACCUCUUACCAGCUGGUCGUUCUGGAUGCUCAGUACUUCCAGAAAGUCAAGUGGCAGUACAUGAUUCUGGACGAGGCCCAAGCCAUCAAGUCCUCUCAAAGUUCGCGUUGGAAGAAUCUCUUGGGCUUCUCCUGCCGUAACCGUCUCUUGCUUACUGGUACGCCCAUUCAAAACAACAUGCAAGAGCUAUGGGCCUUGCUGCAUUUCAUUAUGCCUACCUUGUUCGAUUCCCAUGACGAGUUCAGCGAAUGGUUCUCGAAAGAUAUCGAGUCUCAUGCUCAAAGUAACACGAAACUGAAUGAAGAUCAGCUCAAGCGUCUGCAUAUGAUUUUGAAGCCGUUCAUGCUUCGUCGUGUCAAGAAGCAUGUGCAGCAAGAACUGGGUGACAAGGUUGAGAAGGACAUCUUCUGUGACCUCACCUACCGCCAGCGUGCCUUGUAUGCCAACCUGCGGAACCGUGUCAGCAUCAUCGACCUCAUUGAGAAGGCAGCCGUUGGUGACGACACUGAUAGCACCACCUUGAUGAACCUGGUCAUGCAGUUCCGUAAGGUCUGCAACCAUCCCGAUCUGUUUGAGCGCGCCGAGACCCGCUCACCCUUCUCCGUGGGAGCCUUUGCGGAGUGUGCUUCUUUUGUUCGUGAAGGAUACUUUGUCGACGUCCGGUAUUCCACCAGGAGCCGGAUCGAGUACCAGGUGCCUCGACUGCUGUGCAGCUCCGAGGCCCGUUUGGAUGUGCCUGGACCCGGCAAUAAUCGUGCUGGGUUCCAAGGGAAAUACUUGUCAAACUUGAUGAACAUUUGGAAUACUGAGAACAUUCAUGAGAGCUCUCGUGAGAAUGAGGCGUUCUCAUUCCUGCGAUUUGUCGAUACAUCUGCGGGAGAAGCUAAUGAAUGCUCCCGCCUUGGUGUUUUCGAGCGCGCGACUCGGCGUGGCGAUAGGGCAAACCGACUUUCCCGCCUGAACGUUGUCUACGAUGACAAGGAGAACGAGUCUGCUGACAAGUCGGUGUGGGCCCAGUCUAUGCUCAACAUCGUAGAGCGCAACAACCGCGAAGCACUCAACGAGAUCACUCCCGAGGGCCGGAUGCGUAAUUUGAUGAAUGUCUCACGUUCGGCCUUCGAAGACCAGGGUCUCAACCUGAUUGAACCAUGCGCAUCUCCUGCUGCCCAAGCGCCUCCGAUCACGCUCUCCUGCUCGGGUCAAGAGGCCACUCGCGAGACCCAACGAACCCUUUUCAACCCAGCUGUCCGGUCCGCAUUGUACGGCAACCGUACACGACAAGUUGAGGAACAGAUCUUGUCACACAAGUUGGAUCCCGCUCCUUAUUCGAAGGCGCCAAUGCUCCCCGGGCCAAUGUCACUCAAGUCUCGGUACAAUCACAUCGAAGUUCCGUCCAUGCGUCGCUUCGUUACGGAUUCGGGCAAGCUUGCCAAGCUCGACGAGCUUCUACGGGAACUCAAGGCUGGUGGCCAUCGUGUCCUGCUGUAUUUCCAAAUGACACGUAUGAUCGAUUUGAUGGAGGAGUACUUGACCUACAGAAACUACAAGUACUGCCGAUUGGAUGGAAGUACAAAGUUGGAAGAUCGUCGCGAUACCGUCGCCGACUUCCAGUCCAACACCGACAUCUUUGUAUUCUUGCUGUCUACACGUGCUGGUGGUCUUGGUAUCAACUUGACUGCUGCCGAUACCGUCAUCUUCUACGAUUCCGAUUGGAACCCGACUAUUGAUUCUCAGGCCAUGGAUCGAGCCCAUCGUCUCGGUCAGACCCGCCAGGUUACCGUCUACCGUCUCAUCACUCGCGGUACGAUCGAAGAGCGGAUUCGCAAGCGUGCCUUGCAGAAGGAAGAGGUGCAGCGUGUCGUCAUUUCCGGCGGUGCUGCUGGUGGUGUCGACUUCAACACUCGUGCCCGCGAGAACCGCACCAAGGAUAUUGCCAUGUGGCUUGCCGACGAUGAUGAGGCAGAGCUCAUUGAGCAGAAGGAGAAGGAGGCGCUGGAGCGAGGAGAGGCCUUUGGUGCUACCAAGGGUGGAAAGAAGGCUACGCAGAAGCGGAAGCGUGAGCUCACGAUGGAUGAUAUGUACCAUGAAGGCGAGGGUAACUUUGACGAUGCCAGCGCCAAGCCAUCGGGCACUGCGACUCCCAUGUCGGACAACCUGGACACUCCUCCUACCGCUACCUCCGCCACCCCAGCGAAGCGUGGUCGUGGUCGUGGCGGAGGCAAAGCCGGUUCAUCCAAACGCGCAAAGACCGUGAAGGAACGUCUUCGAUUAAUUGACGGCGAUGGCGGACUCGCUUAA